GGAGAUGGCAGGUCCAUAUUUGUCUCCGUUGCCUGGAGAUCUUUUGACUGAGUACAUGUUCGGUAGGCGACGUCAGAGAAGGAAUAGAACAACAUUUACUCCCCAGCAGUUGAGUGAACUCGAAUCAUUGUUCCAAAAGACCCAUUAUCCUGAUGUUUUCUUGAGGGAAGAGGUUGCGUUGAGGAUCAGCCUUUCGGAAGCGAGGGUCCAGGUAUGGUUUCAAAAUCGUCGCGCAAAAUGGCGUAAGCAGGCCCGCCUUCAGCUUCUUCAAGACGCGUGGAGGAUGCGCUGCUUGGGACUCGGGACGCCCCCUCUCGGUCUACCAAGUCACACGAAACCUCCCGAUUCAUCACCAGAAGGAGGAGAAUCACCCACACCGAAAGAGUCACCAGAACCAAUGGAGAGCAACGGGGAGCAUAAAUCACCACACGUAGAACAAUACCACCAUAAUGGAAACCUAUCUGACAAUAUGUCAGCUAUGCCCACCCACGACAUUAAUCAACCUAUGCCUUACGGAAAUGAUGACGGAAGAAUGAUGCAGCAACCCCCAUUUCCAUUUCCACCAUUACUGAUGCAAUCACAACUCGACAACAACGAAGUGGUUCCAACAGAUCUAAGGAUGAUAACAUCGAAGAACCCUUGCCACUGUGGCACGCCAGAAGUAAUCGAUGAGCCACAGAACUUGGCUUACCGCCGACGAAACGAUGAAGCUAGUGACAGUGAGAGCGAUACGGAAAUCGAUCUCACAUCGCAUUCUAAGGAUGACGACUUGCGGGAAUCAGAGCGUCUGGCUAAAAGAAUAGCCACAAAUAUUUUUAGAAGCGACACAGUUUUACACGAUUUAUUACCAAACGACCUCAGUAUGGGUGUAAAGGGUAUGGGUGAUCGGAAUCUUGGUAGGAAUAACGUAAUUUAACUUUAUCUUUAGACGUGUAUGUAUGUAUGUACUGUUUCUAGUCAAUAUUGUAACUGUACUUUAUAGAUUUGUAGAUAUGUUUAUUUUUACAUAACUGACAUAUUCGCGCGAGCACCGUACUUUCAAGUGUUUGACACGUAUACAUAAUAAAAAUAUGACAACGUUUGUAAACGUUUCUGAAACAUUUUGUCACUAAGCGUUAUUUUUAAUAUUUGUACCGUCUAAAGUUUAUUAUCCUUACUGGUGUAAAUUCACGUCUACGUUUGAACAAUCUUUUUCACUUUUACAAUCAUUUGGCCGAUUAACAUAUUCAAUGAAAUUGUUGAGCAUCGUCACACGUUGUCCAACAGAGCUUGCAAGUCAUAGAACGUUACUUGCGCGAAUAUACUAAGCGUUUUCGGGAUAGUCUGCUAUUGUGAAUAGCGCAAUGUACCUAAGCCAAAUAGAAUGUAA